ACACAAUCGCAAACUCCAAAGUCUGUCUGGACGGCUGUUCAAUUUGUACCUACCUAUAUAAUGUAUAUUAUUAUAAUAUUGUAAUAAAACAACGCGCAUAGUCUUCUACCGGCGGAGUGUCACGACAGAGUGAUAAUAACGACAAUAAUUCUACAGUUCACAAUCAAAGUGCGAAAUGAUUUCGUCGACGUUUUACAUAACUUUGCUGUUCGGUAUUGCGAUGCUGAUUUCAUGUGGCUACGGGCGAUUUUCGACGGAACAAAUCGAUUAUUACGGAAAAGCGUGCAAUGCCAGCGAAGAUGACCUCGUCGUAGUCAAAUCCUACAAAGUACCAACUACAGAAACCGGAAAGUGUCUGAUGAAAUGCAUGAUCACCAAACUAGGACUGCUAAACGACGAUGGUUCGUACAACAAAACUGGCAUGGAAGCGGGUUUGAAGAAAUACUGGUCGGAGUGGUCUACGGAGAAGAUUGAGGCUAUAAACAACAAGUGUUAUGAAGAAGCCUUACUUGUGUCGAAGGAGGUAAUAGCGACGUGCAAUUACUCGUACACUGUGAUGGCAUGUUUGAACAAGCAGUUGGAUCUCGACAAGUCAACUUGAGACUCUUCAGAAUAUUGAAGAGUGAAUCAAGUGGGCCGAAACGAGAGUCAAGCGAACCAGCAUAUUAUUUUUUCAUUUUAAAAAAUCAUAUUAUUUCUACUGUUAUGAUAACUUUAACACCUAAAAAUAUUAUUUAUUAUACAAUAAAGUAUAUUGUUUGAUUUAACAAAUAUACAUAUAUUAUAAACAAUUAGUUUUUGGUUGUCACA